UUCUGCUUUUUGCCGCUAAUUCGCUUUCGGUUUCGGUUUCAGUUGUGCAUUGCCUGGCGACGACGACAGACGCAACGCGUAAAGCAACGCAACGCAACACGCAGACGUAACGGCGCCACGUAACGUAACGUAACGCAACGUUUAACGUAACGGAAACGCAAAAGCGACGUGAAAUUCGUGGCCGCAUUUUGUGAGUUAUUAAAAUGCGAUAAAAGCCAGUGAAUCGUAAUUCAAGAAGCGGCAACAAAAAGCGCAAGAAGUGUGACAAUAUUUCGAAGCCGAAUUCGAAACGUUAACGAAAUCAAAGUCAAUAUCUGGCAAAGAAAAAAGUGAAAAAUAUAACGGAGCAAACCCCCCGAAAGACCCGCAACCCAAUAAACCGAACGAGUUGAGCCUUAUUGACGAUGCUAACCUGCGUGUGUCGGCCCGUGUCGGGCAACCUGCCCAAAAUGCCGCCCGCCUCACUGAUGCCCGCCUCGAGGGCCUCCUCGGCGCUCAGCGCCGGCAGCAACACCGGCAGCUGUGCCAGUGGCAUGGGCAGCAGCACCAUCAACGGUUCCCAUAGUCCCACACGGGUGGUGACAUCCGAACCGAAGCUUAACGUGCCCAGCAGGCUGACGUCAGCCGAGUUGAGGGCGAUGGCAUUGCGACAGCAGCAGCAAAUCGACAGCCAGCACCAGCUGCUGGCCACAAAGGAGCAACGGUUGCGUUUCCUCAAAUCGCAAGAGGUGCGCAGCGCUGUGGCCAGCGCCGAGGGGGAGCGAUUGCGUCGACUGCGGGAGCGUGUCGAGGCGCAGGAGUCCAAGCUGCGACGCUUACGCGCACUGCGGGGUCAAGUGGAUCUGCAGAAGACCUACAAUGUAACACUGAGCAAUGACUUGGACUCGAUUCGUGCGCUGUUCAGCGAAAAGGAAAAGGAGCUCAGCCUGGCUGUGGCCAAGGUGGAGGCGCUCACACGCCAGCUGGAGGAGCUGCGACGCGACCGACGAUGUCCUGUCAAUUUGCUGGCCGCAACCGGCCAGACAGCGGCUCAGGCUUUGCCGCCGCAGGCCUCACGGGAGCUCGAGAAGCUGCGACGCGAGCUAAUGUAUCGCAAUCAGUUGUCCUUGCAGCAAGAUGCGCGCUUGCACAUGCAACGCGAGGCGCUGCAGCAGCGGCAGGCGGAGCUGCGCUCUGUGGAUCAACGGAUUUACGAGCUGCAAACACGCCUGCAGCGCAAGAAGCAGGCGAAUACGCAUCACCAGCAGCAACAACAGCAGCAACAGCAGCAGCAGCAACAGCAGCAACAGCAGCAGCAGCAGCAGCAACAGCAGCAGCAACAGCAGCAGCAACAGCAGCAACAACAACAGCAACAGCAACAGCAGCAGCAACAACAGGUAGCAGCACAGCAACAACAAUUGCAGCUACUAGCAGCAACAGCUGCAGCAGCUGCACAACAGCAACAACAGCAGCAGCAACAGCAGCAACAACAGCGCCAACCUGCCUCCAAGCACGGAGGCGUGGCAGCUUUGAAGCAACAACUGCUGCAGAAGCAGGUCAAUCAGCUGGCAGCAGCUGCCGCUGCAGCAGCCGCCGGCCGAGCAGCCGAGCGUGCCAUGGCACGGGGCAGCGUCAAUGUGGCCGCCGUGGAGCCCUUCAUACACACGCCACAAAAGUCCACAAUAACAACGACGGCCAGCUACCUGAGCGGCGGCAAUAUGUUGAAGCAUGCGGCAGCAACGGCCAACACCAAUCAGCAGAAUCAGCUCAUCCAAGAUCUGAGUCACAGCCAUGUCAAGUUGACGCCUGGCCAAAGUUUCUAUCCCAGCAGCAAUGCUACAACAUCAGCGGCAACGCCAACUGCAACUGCAACUGCAGCGAGCAGCAGCGAAAGCGACGAGUCGAAGCUGGCCAAGAAGCUGCUGACGGCCAAGUCGGAAGCGGAGCUGCGCAAACAGGCGCAAACUGAGGCCAUGGAUAGCACCACGCACAUCUAUGCAGAGGUGGGACCCAAGAAGCGGGAUAGAGAGGCGGCAGCUGCGGCCGCAGCAGCAGCAGCGGCGGCAGCAGCAGCAGCGGCAGAGGCAACAGCAGCAGCAGCAGCAGCUACCACUGCAACAGCAACAACAACAACUUCGCCAACUGCCACAGCAAAUGCCAGCAAAAUACCGAAGAGCAUCUCAAGCAGCAGCUCGGCCUCAGCGCUGAUUAAUAAAUUGAAUCAACAGGCAAAGGAGUCGCAGGAGCCAUCAGCCCUCAAGAAGAACGAGAUAUCGGUAACCAGCGAGACAUUGUCAGAGCGCAACACGCAGCAGCAGCUGACCGUGCACAGCAUGCCGCUAGGCACUGUCAGCAAAUCCGUGGCCAUGGCCGUAUCCAAUGCGGGCGCCUCCAGCGGUAGCAGCAGCAGCACGAAACCGCUGCAGGUGCAGGUAGCAGUGCCGCCGCGCAAGCCCAUCAGCAGCGUGGCGCCGACCUCGAUGAGCAGCAGCGGCAGCGGCGCAAGUGGCGGCAGCGCCAUACCCAAAAUGAUCAACUACAGCCCCAAGGUGAAUCGUGUGGCGCCCAGCGUGGUGACAAACACUGCUGUUGAGCUGCGGCCCGCUUUGCCGCCCAAGCCCAGCAAAAUGUCACCCACAGAGCAGCCCAGCGAGCUGAGUGGAACAGCAGCAGCAGCAGCCGCCACAUCCAGCACAGCUGGCAAGGCACAGGCACAAACGGCAGCUCCUGCAGCGCCCAGCUUCGGGCUGCAAUCCCUCAACAUCAAUGACAAUUUGCCCAUUAAGGCCAAGCCGCUAACCAUACGCAAGCAGCCCAUUUUUGAGCAACCGCCGCGGCUUAAGGCCCUGCCUGUAGGCGGAGGCCUGGCCAAGGCUGGGGCACAGCAGCUGCCGCGCAAGGUCGAGGCAGGACAGCAGCUGCUGCAGCAAGCCAAGCCGGAGCCUAAUAGAACCACACUGGAAUCUCCACAGCACUCGCCCAACAGCAACUCGCAGAGCAGCUCGAGCGUGGAUGAGCCAGAUCGCCUGGAACGCACCCAAGUGGAAGUGAGCAACAGCGGGGGCAGCAGCAGCCUUAAGGAGCGCACCACCAGCAAACCCAAGCUGGGGCGUCGCGUAAGCUUUGAUCCACUGGCGCUGCUGCUCGAUGCCAGCCUCGAGGGCGAACUGGAGCUGGUGAAGAAGACGGCCAUGCAGGUGGCCAAUCCGAGUGCGGCCAAUGACGAGGGCAUCACAGCGCUGCACAAUGCCAUCUGUGCGGGACACCUUGACAUAGUCAAAUUCCUUGUGCAAUUCGGCUGUGACGUUAAUGCCCAGGAUUCGGAUGGCUGGACGCCGCUGCACUGCGCCGCCAGCUGCAACAAUUUGAACAUGGUCAAGUUUUUGGUGGAGAGCGGCGCCUGUUUGUUUGCCUCGACGCUCUCUGAUCAUGAGACGCCGGCGGAAAAGUGCGAGGAGGACGAGGAGGGCUUUGACGGCUGCUCCGAGUAUUUGUACAGCAUUCAGGAGAAGUUGGGCAUUUUGCACAAUGGCGACGUCUAUGCGGUCUUCUCCUAUGAGGCGCAGAACAGCGAUGAGCUGAGCUUUCACGUCAACGAGCCGCUGAUCGUGUUGCGCAAGGGCGACGAUGCCGAGAACGAAUGGUGGUGGGCACGUAAUGCAGCUGGCGACGAGGGCUACGUGCCACGUAAUCUGCUCGGGCUAUAUCCACGUGUGCCGCCGCAGUCGCCGCACUUUAGCGAUUAGCAGUUAAUACGCUUCACCAUACUCAAGCGCAAGGCUGGCCGACUUGUGCAGAAGCGCUAUAUAUCCAAGUAUAUAUAGUGAGCUAAGCAACAGCAGCAGCAGCAGCAGCAGCAGCAGCACAUUCCGAGCACGUGCCAACAGCUUCAUCUCUCAGGACCAAAUCCUGGUUAUGAGCCGAGCAUUAUUUAUGGCAGCCUCAACAAUACUUCUUCCUGUUUACUUUUUCUUUGUUUGUUUUUUUUUGUUUUUUGAAAAAGCCACAAGAAGGAAACCUGACGCAGUCACAUACACCCACACACACACACGCACACAUAUGGUUACAUAUGGCACACGUCGUGUGUGUGUGUGUGUGCUGCAAGUGUGCAAAUGUGUGCCCAUCAACAGAAUGUGCAGCGCCUGGAGCAGCAGCUAUUUAUUAUAAAAGAAGAGCAGCCACAAUUAGGCAACAGUCUGGCUGGCUGACUGCCUCUCUGCGUCUCCGACUGUCUGCCUGUUCGUCCUGCCCGUUCGUCCGGCGUGUCUACUGCUUGCCUCCUGCACACACGUACAAUAAAUUGAAUUUCGCUUAAGCUCCCCCAUCUUAGAUUAAGGCCUAGACUAAUAACAUAAGCAAUACACACCAACCCUUGCCCAUCCUAAAGCCGCUCGUACAACUCGGCCACAAAUUGCUUUUGUGCAUAAAACGAAAAUUUCAAAUUCUCAAAAUUUCAAAUUGAAAUUGCAAAUUGAAAGUUGAAGAUAAACUUAUGCACUUUGUGGCUUGCAACAGACGAGUUUGUUAAUUGCCACCAAAUGAGUUUUAAGCUAUGAGCAUUCGAAAUCUAUUGAAAGCCAACAACAACAAGAAAUCGAAUGUGAUUUUCGGAUUGUAAAAAGCGUAAAGAAUAUUACUUAAAAUGUCGUUAAUAUUGCCUAAUGUACAGUACUUACUACCUAUGACUAAACAAGCCGCUUCGUUAUCAAAUUACGAUUCCUAAUAAUACAUAUUAAAAUUUAGUUUAUAUAUACA